AUGGACAACCGGCCCGCUUCCGAGUACGCACAGCCAGACCAAAAUUCUGCUGCUGCUGCUCACUACACCCCGCAACCCGAGGUCCGCCCUACGCCGCAGUAUACACCGCAGCCUGAGGUCCGACCCGCCAAUAUUUCGUCGGCCAACACCCCUCAGUCAGACUACGGUCUGAACCCUCCGCCGACCGCCCGUUCGCCUGCCUACCAGGACUAUCUUCACCGUCCUCCCCAGUCCUACGCCCCCAACUCCCAACCCGGUGGUGCGGCAGGUAUGGCUCAAGCAACAAAUCCCUCGCUUCCGGCCAACAGCCCCACGUAUCCUCCUCCCUACUCUCCCUACCAGCCUCAGGGGCAUGAGAUGGCGCAGUACCAGGGUCACCCCCCUCCGCCUCAGCAUAUGUACGCGCGUCCGGAUUGGCCUCACAGCUAUGGACAGCAGCAUCAUGGAUUGCCGGGACCUUACGCUUCCCCGGCCACAACGGUCUACUCAUUUGUCCCAAUUCCUGGCGCACAGCAGCAUAAGCGUCCUCGUCGUCGUUACGAGGAAAUUGAGCGCAUGUAUAAGUGUGGAUGGAACGGAUGUGAGAAAGCAUAUGGUACUCUAAACCAUUUGAAUGCACACGUGACUAUGCAAUCGCAUGGCGCGAAGCGUACUCCUGAGGAAUUCAAGGAAAUCCGCAAGGAAUGGAAGGCCCGCAAGAAGGAGGAAGAGGCUCAGCGCAAGGCUAUUGAGGAGCGUGAGCGUGCUGCCGCCCAGGCUGCCCAGGCCAACCAGGUCGAACCUCCCAAUCCCUCCGACCCAUCCCACGGACAGCCGCCUGCUUACGCCGGCGGAGUCCGUCCUCAACUCCCUCCGAUCGGAUACCAGCCCGCGGAUAGCCAAGUCCCCAGCCAGUACGGUGGUCCUCCUGGCGGUGGCAUGGUCUACCAGAACAAUGCACAGAUGGCCUACCCUCCCAACUACCCUCACUCUCCCUACCAGAGCGGACCGGUGUACCCGCAACGUGAGUAA